UGUCCACGCCGAACAUUUAUAGCGGCGUUGGUUCUCGCUUCGAAAUUCAAUAACGACAAACCAAUUUCCAAUCGAACUUGGAGUAAGUUAUGUAACUUGUCUCCAUUAGAAAUUGGGCGAUGCGAACGCGAACUAGGUAUCGCAUUGGAUUGGCGUCUAUGGGUU